CCCCCUGGAGUUCUCUAAGGCGCCGGGCUUCCGCGUCCCGUGGCUCCAGUCAGGUGGUCGCGCUCCCGGGCCGGGCCGGCGCAGCAGGCGCCCAGCGGGGGAAAGUAGUUGGGCGAGAAGAAAGUUUGCAAGGAGCUGCCCGCGCCUAGGCAGGCCCGAGCGUCCCGGCUCCCUUCGCCAGGCUCCGGGGAGCAGCAGUUUGCGGCGGGCCGUGCUGGGCACGGGGGAGGGCGGUGAGAAUGGCUGGUGGGGAAGGCGGGGGCGCCAGGGUGCCCGAGUGCCGGGAGCAUCUCUUCAAGGUGCUAGUGAUCGGGGAGCUGGGCGUGGGCAAAACCAGCAUCAUCAAGCGGUACGUGCACCAGCUCUUCUCGCAGCACUACCGGGCCACCAUCGGGGUGGACUUUGCCCUCAAAGUCAUCCACUGGGACAGCCGGACCCUGGUGAGGCUGCAGCUCUGGGACAUCGCAGGCCAGGAACGUUUUGGUAACAUGACAAGAGUUUACUAUAAGGAGGCAGUUGGUGCUCUUGUGGUCUUCGAUGUCACAAGAGGCUCCACUUUUGAAGCUGUUUCCAAGUGGAAACACGACUUGGACAGUAAAGUGCUACUUCCAAAUGGCAGCCCCAUCCCUGCAGUUCUCCUUGCAAACAAGUGUGACCAGAAAAAAGACGGCAGCCAGAAUCCCUCUCAGAUGGACCAGUUCUGCAGAGAAGGUGGCUUUAUUGGGUGGUUUGAAACGUCUGCCAAGGACAACAUCAACAUAGAUGAAGCUGCUCGAUUUUUGGUGGAAAAAGUCCUUGCCAACUACAAAAGCUUUCCUAAUGAAGAGAAUGAUGUGAGCAAACUAAAACUGGACCCAGACCCCUUGAGAGCGGACAGUAAAUCACAGUGUUGCUAAUGUUACCUUUAUUCUUGCAUGUACGUGCGACAGAAUGAGCAGCAAGACUCUUGUUCCUUAGAUCAGACUGCUGCUAUGGUGCUGCAUUAAGGACAUUCCAAGUGAGGGGUUUGGUUAUCUUUGAAUUGGUGAUAUUUUUGGGUGUUUACACAGUUUUUUGUAUAAAAUUGAAAAUGUGUUGGGUUUAUCAUUCAUUCUCCACUAAAAGAGCAGCUGUAUCUGGCAGUUUCUUUUCCUGUCAGAAGAAGGUAACCGAGGGUGGUGUUUAUACUUUAUUCUCAAAGGAAUACAGACAACAUUCAGUAUGACAUGUAUCCAGGCUAGGUGUUAGUUCAGAGGAUGAAUAUUGUGGUGUAUUCCAGAACAGUAGUCAUUCUUGACAGAAGUUGUGACUGAAAUAAGCACUUGCCUCUUUGCCACGAGUGUCCUUAUACCUAUAACCUCCCACUGCUGCUUGCCUGCCUCCUUUCCCAUACCUACUAUUUUGUCCCUGUUGAUUGCCCCCUAAUGUGAGGACCGUGUAACUACAGCUCUCCUGGAGCAGGUGAAUCUGUUUUCCUGAACUGGACAGGGAUAACUGAGCAAUGGCAGGAGGUCCCAUCCUGACUUUGUCACUAAGCCCCAAUACAAGAUAAACACACCACUUGGCAAGUAAGAAGAACAGGAAGGAAAACUCAGGUGUCCUAUGUGACAUGGCUACUGCAGUGAUACAGAUGCUAGCAAGUGCAUCUCCAGUUACUAGCUGAGAAUAUUUUACUUAAAAUACCAUUAACCAGUUUGAACCUGUAAAACACAUUCCAGCACAAAUAGCAGGCUUUUCUUAGUGUAGUGCACCCAAUUAAAAUAAACCUAAGGGAGCAUCACACGUGCACAUAUUAAAACAAAUGACCAGAAAUAGUUCAUACACUAACGUUUUGAGAUGCUAGCUUUAACUUCAUCCAGGAGAGGACUGCCACUAAAUAACAGUUCUAGUUUUGGUUACCUGUCUUAAACUGUUUUUUGAAACUAGCGUACAGUAUGACUAGAUGAAUAAUUUGAAUUACUCAGACCUUGGUCUUGGAAUACCUUUGAUUAGUAGCGCAUGGAAAAGAGGGAUGCCUCAGGUAUCUUAAGAUAAAUUGAAGGGUUUUUUAAAUCACUCAAAUAUAGUUGUUCUAUUAAAAGGGCCUUCACUAAUUAUAAAAACACGUGCUGUAUGUAAUUCACCAAUACAAAGUGUAAAUGGAAAAUGUGUUACCAAUUUUUAUACCUAAAUAUUUUUGAAUGCUAAAAAUUCAAGUGAGGAAACUCUCCUAGCUUGUUUUGCCGCCUCAUAGGUGGCUGGUUAUGUGAAGUCUUGACUUCUGCAACUCAUGAAUAUGGUCAGAAUUUGGGGGCAGGAUGGCUGGUGAAAAGGAUUCAUUUCUCUAGUGAUUGUGGUAAUCCUACAUUAAAUGGAACUCCUGCUUUCUCAACAGUCUCAGGAGGCUGUUUUUUGGCCACAUGUUACACCUUAGUUGCCAUUUUUUCUGAAGUCUCUUGUUUUUGCUUGGUCAACAUUGUUAAAGUUUAGGUCAUAAGCCCUAUCCAUGUGUCUCAGUUAGAUGCACUGUCUUUCAUACUUGCCUAUUAAAGUGAGUGUACAUAAGUACAAGCUACUUUUUAAUGAGAUGCAUACAAAUAAAUUCUUUAUUUUUAAGCAAUAAAUAAAACAAUUCAGGCAUACUGUCGUCAUUCCUGUGUGAAA